AGGCUUCGCCUUAUCCCCCUAUAGAGCAUGUCGGCCUUCACCCCAUGAAUGUUACAUUAGCAUCUGCAUUCAAAUGGGUUUGGUGCAAUUAAUAUAUAAAGACACACCACACACACACACUGUCUAUGAAGCCGAAAAAUCGGUUCUCCCAUCGAUGAAUCCCCGUGGAUAAGAUCAAACACUAAAAUUUGUUCUUUUUUAUAAUAUUACUGCCCCAAAGAAGUUACCUUUCAAUUCUUUCCCCUUCCCUAUAUAUAAUCCUUUCAUAACCCCUUCAAACUACCACCCCUGCAGUUUUUGAGUUACCUUGCAUGCCUAAAGAAACCACUCGUUCUUUAGAGCACUUUUCAUUUUCCUCUCUUCUUUAACUCUCAAAGGAUAUUUUUCUCUAAUAUCUAAGCUUCAAGAUCAUGGAUGUUGCGCAUUUCAUUUUCGGGAUAUUUGGGAAUGUUUCUGGUUUGUUCCUCUUCUUGGCCCCAAUAGUGACAUUCUGGAGGAUCAUUAAGAACAAAUCCACAGAGAAAUUUUCGGGGGUUCCUUACCCUAUGACCCUUCUCAACUGUCUCCUUUCUGCUUGGUAUGGUUUGCCAUUUGUGUCCCCAAACAACAUACUUGUGACAAUAAUCAAUGGCACAGGAGCAGGGAUUGAAAUCAUAUACGUCUUCAUCUUCAUCUACUUCGCACCAAAGAAAGAGAAGGCCAAGAUUCUUGGCCUUUUCUCCUUCGUGGUGGCAGUGUUCUCUGUUGUUGUUCUGGUGUCACUGUUUGCUUUGCAUGGCAAUGCCCGAAAACUCUUCUGUGGCUUCGCUGCUGCCAUAUUUUCCAUCAUCAUGUAUGGUUCACCACUCUCAAUUAUGAGGCUAGUGAUCAAAACCAAGAGCGUGGAGUUCAUGCCCUUCUUCCUCUCACUCUUUGUGUUCCUCUGUGGUACUUCUUGGUUCAUCUACGGGCUACUAGGCCGUGACCCAUUUGUGGCUGUACCUAAUGGGGUUGGUUCUGCGUUGGGAACAGCACAACUAAUAUUGUAUUUUAUCUACCGUGACAAAAAAGGGGAUCAAAAGAAGAAGCCGAGAACAGAAGAAGAAGAAGCUAUGGAAAUGGGCACCGCUAAUAAAAAUCCCAUAUCCAACUCGAAGGGAGCACAAGAGGGACACGUCUAGGGACGCGUGUUAGCAUAAAAAAAAAUGCCGUUAUCUUUGCCUCUAUCUCUGCUAGCAUUACGAGCACCUCUUUAAUUGGGACUAUGCUUAUAUCUUUUGUUGUUGUUGUUAUCUUCGUGACUUUGUGUUUCCUCAACGAUUUUUAAUUUUUUUGCUUUUCGUUAUGAUAAUUGUACUAUAAGUUUAGCCAUUGAGACAAGUUUGUGUUGUGUCAAUUUUCUUUUCUUCUUUUUCAGUCCCUUUGUCGAGACA